AUGUCAAAUAACUAAAAAAAAUGUAAAAAAACUACAAAAAUGCUCAAAAUCGAAUUCUCACAAGCCAAUUAACAAGUAGGUAUUUGAUUUUGAUUGAGCUUUCUGUUUCUUUGAUGUUGAACUGAACUUAGUUUGAUUUAACUCAUUUGCGUUGAUUUGAAAUUUGAGUAUAAUUAGAUUUGAAAGUUUUGUGAAAAUAAAUGUGAAAAGGAAUGAGAUGAGAAUGAGACCAAAGGAUACUGUUGGAAGAGCAAUGAUUGUGAAAACAAAUCCGAAUAAUGAUACCUAUUAAUGAAUAAAUUCUCAUUGACUCGACUGUGAUUUUGUGUUUUUAACGUUAUUUCAUGAGAUGAAAUGAAAGUGUUACUCUUUGCAGCCUUACUGGUGGCGAAAAUGUUCGUUUUAGUCGACCUAUGGAACAGUGUCAACUUUGCAAUAAGCUGAGGAAAACUUUCUAUUGCAAAACUUGUAUUAAGAACGGCGACUUCAUUCAUUCGACAUCGCGUUUCUCAGAAAGAUUCGCCGAGAAACGUUUGGCUUUAUUACGAGCCCAAAAUGAGAAAAAUGAGUUGAACAAGGAGUACGAAAAACACUUGACGAAAAUUCGCACCAGAGAAAACAUAUUCGAGCAAAUUCGCGAAAAGAAGGAGAAAAUUGCGAUAUUACAGUCUUUGUCGGUUGAAAAGAAGAAAACAAUCAAACGAAGAAAAAAGAUGUUGGAAGAUUUGAAAUCGUUUAACGAAAGAAGCGGCGAAGAAUUGCUCAAGAACGAAGAUUGUCAUUUAGAGUUGAAAGAAAACAUGACGAAGCUCGGCACUCAACAACCUUUAAUUUUGAGUAAAUUGGAAAUUAUACGACCUAGUUUGAAAGCGUUGAUUCGAACUCGGAUCGAAGAAUUGGUGCAAUUUAUAUUCCCCAUUAACGAAGUGCAGUCGUCAAAAAGCGUUUCGCAGAAUACCGAUUCUCAAGAAGAUAUCAAAAACAAGCUGGCCGAAGCCCAAAGAACCGCGUACAUUCGAGGUCGAUGGGUGUUCACCGACAGUUGGGGUGAGACGCAGCAUUCGAUCGUAGCGCCAACGUUACCCGAUUCCGGAGAUUAUUCUCCUUACUUAGACUGGGUUUCGGCCGAUAAAGAUAACACUUUAGCCAUGACGAGUAGUUCGGAUGUUGACCAUAAUCCGGCUUACAACCUGAGCGCCGCUCUAACCUAUACCACGCAGUUGGUCAACAUAAUCGCGUAUUAUUUGGACAUCCGGUUACCAAAUAAAUUGUAUUACAGCGAUUUUUGCGAAAAACACCUCAACGAGCGAAGAUUUAUGAAAUGCGUUACUUUCUUAAACGCGAACGUAUUAUAUUUGUGUUUAACGCAAAACGUCGAUCCGAGUUUACUGCAUCCAUCUCAGACGAUACGUAAUUUGCUCUUGUUACUGAAUCCCGAGCACAGCGAUUUAGGAAGACAAGAGAUAACGGAUAUCGAUACCUCCUGCAUAAGCUAUUACGAAGGACAGCUAACUCAUCAAAUUCGAACUGUCGCCACCAGACUAAGUAUUUCGGACGUCGAAGAUGACGAUCGAGAUGCGCUUCGAAUGGAUAAUAUGGUCAUCGAUGACAACUACGAUGACGAAUACGACAGCGAUCAUCUCUCUACCGAUUGGGAAGCGGUGCCUCUUGUUUCUUGUCCAGAAGCGCAACCAGGUUCGAACGUCAAUCGUAAACACAUUAUUAGUACGGCGCAAACCAGCAGCAUUGCUGGUGGAUUAGUCAACAGUGCUGCGGCUAGUCUAGCAUCGAUUUGGCGCGGCUGGAGUGCCAAUAAGUAGAUCCAUGUUAUAAAAUCCAUCGAUGCGCGUUACGUACCUUUCUACCUACCUAUAAUAUGUUAAUAAAUUGUUUUAAUCUCGUC